AACGUGACCACGUGUCGAGGUGACCACUUGUCGAGGUGACCACGUGUCGAGGUGAACCUGUGUCCAGCACCCGUGAGUCAAGGUUGUAAGGGGAGGUCUACCCGCCAGGCCACACUGCUAGAGACCAAACGGGCGGGACCGAGAGCUGCGACGGCGUUCGGGCAACUCGUGAUGGAGCCACUGCACAAUGUCUCCGAGGACAGCAUGCUCAGCCUGUUCGAGUGCCCCGUGUGUUCGGACAGCGUGCUGCCGCCCAUUGUGCAGUGUCGCAACGGCCACCUGGUGUGUUCCAGCUGCAGGGAGAACGUGGACACGUGUCCCGUCUGUAGGGAACAGUUGGACGAUAUCCGAAACCUCGCCCUAGAAAGAAUUGCCGAGAAGGUCAAGUUUCCCUGCAAGUUCGUGUCAUCGGGUUGUACGUUCAUGCUCUCGGCGGCUGACAAGCUCAGGCAUCAGGCGAUAUGCCGCUUUAGGUCCUUUAGAUGUCCAUACCCAAGCGGCAAGUGCCAGUGGCAAGGAAGUGCGAACGAAGUGAAACAUCACCUCGUCAAUUCGCACCCAUUCGUUAAGACGUUCACAGGCAAGGAGAUGAUGCUGUGCGUGCAAGCCAACGGCGCGGACGCCAUCUCCUACUGGAUGCAGCUGCAGCAAUGUUUCGGUCGCGAUUUCCUGGUAGUCCUUCGUCGACGUCCAAUAGACGACGAGAGGUGGCGUUACUGCGCCGUCGUUCAGAUGAUCGACCCGGACGACAAGGCGGCUAACACGUUCGCCUACCACGUGGAGUUCCACGGUCUCGACGGCGAGCACGCGCACCAGGGCAUGCCGCUCGGCAUCGAGGACAGCGUCACGGUUGCCCUGGACAACGGCGACUGCCUCGAGUUCGUCAUCAGCAACGAUCAGAUUGAGCUGUGUGGCGGAGUGGUGCGCAUCAAGUCGACCGUUGUGCACCUCUCGUGACAUCGUUGGCCGUACGUCGAUCGAAGCUCAAGCCACGGGGUUCGCCACUCCCGAUCACACCAUUGACUUCUUCACUGGCGUGACCAAUCGUUCUGGUGUGUUAACCGUGCUGUGAAGUGUAGUGUUUACAGCGCGAGUGCUGCGGAGAAGGUACAGGUGUGAGCCGUUCGCGAUUGGGCGAACACCCUCGUGGCCACAUGACUGACUGAUUGGUGUGACGCGGUAUGGUGUUGUAUUGUGUGAUGUGGUGUGGUGUUUCAAUAGCGAGCGAGUGCUACGGAGUACGUUCCUAUUUGCGCCUGUGAUGUUUGGCGAACACCUUUCUGGUUGCAUGAUUGAUGACUUCGUUGUGAUGUACUGGUUUUUUCUGUUAGAUAACGAGCGGUGCAGUGUAAUGUUUAAAGAGUGAGCGCUACGGAGAUGUGAUUUGCCACCUCUGGCGAUAGAACACUUCUGAGCACAUGAUUUGCUUCCUUGACUUGCCCUGCCAUUGUUACGCUUCAGGGUGAUGCAAUGAAUAGUCCUCCUGUGAAAGUGCUCCGCAGAACGUUGCAUUUUGCACCCCUGCAGAUGAAGAAUGUUCGAAGUGUGAACCUGUCAAUCAAUGCUUGUGAUGCCGUGAGGUGGUGCUUCAGAUUGCAUGCCGGCACAAGAGAACACUCUGGCUCCCUGUUGACACAAGUGACGCAGAUGCGUCGCGAUACGGUGGUCAGUGAGAUCGAACAUUUCGCAUAAGUGACGCUAAAAAAAAAGAUAGUGUGAUAAUGCAAAUGUGCAGUGCAACAAGUGAUGUGAGAAAGCGUGAAUGACGCCACGCUGACGAGAUCGUUCUUAGCGACGAGUUUUGGAAAGCAAGCAACGGACGCAACGGUGCGAUGUAGUGCUUCUAAUGGUGUUUUGCCGUUAUUUUAUUCUUUUUCCUAAAGUGUUUAGUGUUUUAUUGUGUUCUACAAACCAAAAAUAAAGUGCCUGCAG